UGUUUGUGCCACUAGUUCCCGAGUUCCAGAUCCUCACCAUGUCGGAGACCGCUCCCGCCGCCCCCGCCGCCGCGCCCCCCGCGGAGAAGGCGCCGGCCAAGAAGAAGGCUGCCAAGAAGCCCGCCGGGGCGCGCCGCAAGGCGUCCGGCCCCCCGGUGUCCGAGCUCAUCACCAAGGCCGUGGCCGCCUCCAAGGAGCGCAGCGGCGUGUCCCUGGCGGCGCUCAAGAAGGCGCUGGCGGCCGCCGGCUACGACGUGGAGAAGAACAACAGCCGCAUCAAGCUCGGGCUCAAGAGCCUGGUGAGCAAGGGCACCCUGGUGCAGACCAAGGGCACCGGCGCCUCCGGCUCCUUCAAGCUCAACAAGAAGGCGGCUUCCGGCGAGGCCAAGCCCAAAGCCAAGAAGGCGGGCGCGGCCAAGGCCAAGAAGCCCGCGGGGGCGGCCAAGAAGCCCAAGAAGGCGACCGGUGCCGCCACCCCCAAGAAGGCCGCCAAGAAGACCCCCAAGAAGGCCAAGAAGCCGGCUGCGGCCGCCGUGACCAAGAAGGUGGCCAAGAGCCCCAAGAAGGCGAAGGUGACCAAGCCCAAGAAGGUCAAGAGCGCGUCCAAAGCCGUGAAGCCGAAGGCUGCCAAGCCCAAGGUCACCAAGCCCAAGAAGGUGGCGGCCAAGAAGAAGUAGGCUGCCUUCCUCCUCCCGAUCCAAAAAAGGCUCUUUUCAGAGCCACCACUCCGACUCGAGAGAGCUGGGACGCUUGCGGGGUGGGGCACCGCGGCAGGCUGCGCGGGGCUCCUUCCGGGGCGGGCGGGGUCCCCCGCGGGGCAGCGCCGGGUGCUGCCGGCCCGUGAGGUGGUUUGAAAGUUCCGCCCUGUCCGCGGGUUGGACGCUCCCCACCCCCUCCCGGUCUCCGGUCCUCGGUUUGAUUGGGUGCCAGCCCGCGGCCGCCGGUCUCUCCCCCAGGUUGGCGCUUCCUGUGUGGAGGCGCAUCCGGGACUUCCGGGCGCCUCGGUGCCCGUCGGCGUCGGCCAGGAAGUGUGCGAGCGGGCUGGGGCCCGGCCCACAUCCGCCUCCCCGGAGACCCGUCCUCCCGUCCUCCCGGUGAGGUGGCACCCGGGACCGGGUGCUUUUCUCCUGACUUUCGGUUCGUCUCCUCCGCGGGGCGGGGUGGGGCGGUCCGAGCUGCGUCACAGCCUGGUCAGCCAUUUUUUUUCUCUUCUUCCCACUCCCAAGUGCACGACCAUUGGCCGAUCGUUUCGUCCGCCCAACUGGCGUUGCCUCCCUUCCCCGUUUGCCCGUAGGGUUUCUUUAAGCGAUGGGGUGUGUGGUCGGUGGAGAUCGGCCUCGCGGAAAUAACCGAGGUUUUUCCUGCUGUGCUCUGUGCAUUCCGAUAUGUUAAGCAAAGGAUAAGUGACUGCCUGCCUGUGUGUUGCAAGUGUGUUGGAUGCUUCUAAUAAAAACCUUUAGUUUUCACUCA